GGAUUCGGAGCCUACGCUAAUCCAGGAUGAUUUCCACUGGAGGGCCUAACCUUCAUUACAUCUGCAAAGACCUUUAUCCCAAAUCAGAGAGAGACUGAGAACACACAGCAUUGAAUCGUCAGGAAAGCUGAAGAUCUCCCCUGAACAGCACUGCGAUUUCACUGCAGAGGACUUGAAAGACCUGGGAGAAAUUGGACGAGGAGCGUAUGGUUCUGUCAACAAAAUGGUCCACAAACCAAGUGGGCAAAUAAUGGCAGUUAAAAGAAUUCGGUCAACAGUGGAUGAAAAAGAACAAAAACAACUUCUAAUGGAUUUGGAUGUAGUAAUGCGGAGUAGCGAUUGCCCAUAUAUUGUUCAGUUUUAUGGUGCACUCUUCAGAGAGGGUGACUGUUGGAUCUGUAUGGAACUCAUGUCUACCUCGUUUGAUAAGUUUUACAAAUAUGUAUAUAGUGUAUUAGAUGAUGUUAUUCCAGAAGAAAUUUUAGGAAAAAUCACUUUAGCAACUGUGAAAGCACUAAACCACUUAAAAGAAAACUUGAAAAUCAUCCACAGAGAUAUCAAACCUUCCAAUAUUCUUCUGGACAGAAGUGGAAACAUUAAACUCUGUGACUUUGGCAUCAGUGGACAGCUUGUGGACUCCAUCGCCAAGACAAGAGAUGCCGGGUGUAGGCCAUACAUGGCACCUGAAAGAAUAGACCCAAGUGCAUCACGACAAGGAUAUGAUGUCCGCUCUGAUGUCUGGAGUUUGGGGAUCACAUUGUAUGAGUUGGCCACCGGCCGAUUUCCUUAUCCAAAGUGGAAUAGUGUGUUUGACCAACUGACACAAGUCGUGAAAGGAGACCCGCCACAGCUGAGCAAUUCUGAGGAGAGGGAAUUCUCCCCGAGUUUCAUCAACUUUGUCAACCUGUGCCUUACAAAGGAUGAAUCCAAAAGGCCAAAGUAUAAGGAACUUCUGAAACAUACCUUUAUUUUGAUGUAUGAAGAACGUACCGUAGAGGUCGCAUGCUAUGUUUGUAAAAUCUUGGAUCAAAUGCCAGCCACUCCCAGCUCUCCCAUGUACGUCGAUUGAUACCGCUGCUACAUCAGACUCUAGAGAAAAGGGCUGCGAAGAAGCAAGACGUAAUGGACUUUCAUCCUGCAUCACAGUGUUUUUAUUGCUCGUCCAGACACCAUGUGCAAUAAGAGUGGUGUUCGUUUCCAUCAUGUCUGUAUACUCCUGUCACAUAGAACGUGCACCCCUGUAAUACCCGAUUGAUCACCCAGUGUCAGUGCUGGUCCGAGAGACCCCAUCCUGCUCUUUCGUGAUGAACAAGGUCAUGAGAUGUGGACGUCAGUACCAUCGAUUUGUUGACUGUGAUUAGAUCACAUCUGAAAAAUUCAUUUCUAGACUCGAAGCCUGGAGACGCAGCUACUGGAAUGGUGUUUUGUCAGACUUCCCAAUCCUGGAAGAACGUGGUGAUGGAUAUACUAUGCCUGAAACUGAGACUGCGGCGUGAGAGAAGAGCCUGCACAGCCAAUGAGACCCAUUGCCUUCUGGAGCUGGGAGACGAAGGAGGAAGUUACUUUCUUCACCAAGUGCAAUAGAUUUUCUGAUUUGAUACCCUGUUGCUUUACAGUCAGAUGCAGUCGAUGUUUGGUGAUCGAUGUGCUCAGCCAAAUUUCUUGUUUUGCGAGAUCAUGUUAAAGUUUAGAAUGAAUUUUAUCUACCAAAAACCACGUUGCGGUCAAAGCGGUGAACAUUAAACUGUUGAGACGGGA